AUUCAUGAGACUGAUAUUAUUGGUAUGGGUAUAGCGAGUAAUGGCAGAUACAUAAUGUCUUGUUCAAAUAAAACCGACAUGGUAAUUUGGGAUCUCAAAGGUCAGGUACUAACAAAAAUUGAUACAUACCUCAUGAACACCACGUGCGCAAAACUGUCACCUUGUGGAAAAUUCGUAGUUGCAUCAGGUUUCAGCCCCGAAGCUAAAGUGUGGGAGGUGAUAUUCAACAAAUCAGGUGAAUUCCAAGAAGUGAAGCAAAUCAAACAAUUAACUUUAGGUGGCCACACUUCUGGGGUAUACGAUAUAGCUUUCGACGUAGAUUCUUCGCACAUGGCCACUGUUUCAAAAGACGGUACCUGGAAUCUGUAUGACACGAAAGUGAAUUAUAAACUGGGAGAAGAUGCUCGGAUAAUCAGAUCUGGAAAAUAUGAUCAGUGUAGCGGUAAUGCCCGUAUUGCCUUAUCUCCAGAUGCAGAAGUUAUUGUUAUUACAACAUCUAACAAAAUGUCAUUUUAUUCAGCCUCAACUGCCAAACUGGACAAUACUAUUGAAAAUGUUUUUCUAGGUGAUAUAACAUCGCUUAUGUUUGACUCUACUGGAAAAUACAUUCUUGUGUCUGGAGAUAAGCAGAUUAAAAUUUUUCACAAUGUUACUGGCUACAGAUGCACAAUUGAAACUGCCAAGGAAAAACUAAAGGAGCAUCAAACUUCAGCAACCAAAGAGAGACUCCAGAAGCUGAUAACUGAAUGUCAAGACUUCAUAAAAAACAUUGAUAGAAAAUAAGUUCAAACUAUUGACAGAUAUCAAUGUUCUGCCACUAUAUUUCAAAUACGUUCCUUCAGUAUUUGACUGAAACUAUAUAUUCUUAUAUAUUUUCAAUAAAAAGUUAUUAACUGUAUGACAUA